AUGGUCUGCCUUCUCGCAAUUCUUUUAUACACGGGCCAGAGAUUAGCGCAAAAGGAUCGUUUGGUCAUCACAUCCAAUGACCCUAACGGGCCUAAUUAUUUCAUCUAUGAAGCUAAUCAUGAGCAACCAUUUCCGGUGCCUGGCCGAGGCUCUGGUAUCUACAGAACUUUGGUCAAUGUUCAAGAGCCGGGCACUUAUAUAACAGUUUAUUGCUCUAUCAAAGCGACAAUCGAUAAUUUACGGGGAUUUGUUAGUGGAGGCUUGACAAGCUUGCCGAGCGGCAUCGACGGGAGAUUUGGCAACGACGAGAAGUCGGAAAAUGAAUGCUUCAAUCAUGUGAAUAAUCUCUUUUUCGAAUCAAACACAGGAGAUGCAACGGGUAGAUUUGAAGGGUCUCAAGUUGCAGAACUAAGUCCAUUGCCUGUUUCGUAUCUCAUCAAGUCGCGUCGAUGCACAAAAAGACUGUUGAUCAGUUUAGCCUAUCAACGGAGAGUUUUGUGUGCUGAUGGACACGGACUCGUUACGACGUAUAGAGAUAAAAAUCGACCAACCAUAAAAUUUGAUGAGCCAGUAGAAAUUGCAGACGCAAUAUUUGACGGUCAUUUUGUUAUGCAACUGAAUGUAAAAAAAUCCCAAGAUGUCUUGGUUUGGAAUCAAGGCCAACUACAAAGAUUUACGCGACAUCAUUCCUCUAGCAACUGGAUGAGGCUUACUUGUAAUGGUAACGAGCCAUAUUCAGGAUGGCAUAUAACUGAGUUAAUUAAAUCUAAUAACGUGCAAGUAAGAAAAUUUAUGAAUGAAUUCGCCACACUGGAAAAUACCGAACUGAGUGGAUCUGAUUGUCUUUUGUUCCAGUCCAAAGCUUUCCGUAAGCCUAAAAUCUGCCGCGAUUACAAACUUAAUCAUCUUCAAGUAAGCGUGAAUAGACUUGACCCGAUACCAGCAGAGGGUAGUAUCGCUCAAAUUCGUAUAACAGACUAG